AUGAAGCAGAUCGGUGUCGUCCGCGAAGCGGUUAUGCAGGUAGAAAAGAGAGGGGGUGCGGAGGUGGGCUACUGCAGGGACCUGAGCCACGUCACUGCCUUGUUCCUCCUUUAUCUGCCUGAGGAGGACAUAUUCUGGGCACUGGCCCAGCUGCUGGCUGCUGAGAGGCACUCCCUCUCGGGAUUCCACAGCCCAAAUAUCACAAGGGUCCAGGGACUCCAAGACCACCAGGAACAUGUGGCACCCACGUCAUACCGCAAGACCAUGAGGCACGCAGACAAGGAAGGGCUACGUGUUCAGGGUUCCUCAUUAGGUUGGUUUCUUUGGAGCUUGAUCGAUAGGAUCUCUCUCGGGCUCACCCUGAGCCUUUGGGACGUGUAUUUGUUAGAAGUGGAACAGGUGUUGAUGCCAAUGGCACUCACUGUCUUUAAGGUUCGGAGGACACCUCAUGAAGAUGUCCAGCGGUGGCCGUGGGCAUGUUUUCAGGACCAGUUCUCCCAUACCUGGGCCCUGGAUGACGAUGCAGUUCUCAGACACCCUCGGACCUCUAUGAGGAAACUAACAAGGAAGCGUGGGGACCUGCCACCCCCAGCCAAACCCGAGCAAGGGUCCUUGACACCCAGGCCUGUGCUGGCUUCAGCUGGCAGGAAGACCCUCUGGCAGGGGGAUAGGCAGGCCCCUCGGCCACCAACCUGGUUCCAGUGGCCCAUUUGGUCAGCUUCCCCGCCAUGGGCACCUCGUCCUUUCACACCCCAUCCUGAUGGGACUGUCCACGAGGCCAAGGCCCCACUGGGGACUCAGAGUGUGCCCAGUCUGGCCCUGGCUCAUGGGGGACCUCGGGUUUCCUGGAGGUUCCUCCAGUGGAACUCCAUGCCACGGCUUCCUAUGAAUUUGGAUGUGGGGGGCCCUUGUUGCCCCCAUUAUGAUUUUGAACAGAGCUGCUGGGUCCAAUCCGUGGGUGGCACAGUUUCCCAGGAGGACCGGCUGGCCCCCUGCUGGCAGGCUGAUCACACUGCGGAGGGGCUGAGAUUGGCUUUCACUGCACUGAGUCACAAUGUGGACACGGACUUGCCGGCCCUGCAGGGCACACAGCACUGCUUCCGACCAGGGCACCUCAUUUACAGCGAGAGACGUGCAGCAACUCAACAGGAAGACGCCUUCACUGCCCAAUGCCAAGGUUAUGGGGAGGACGUGGCAUCUUCAGCAGUGGGGAAGGAGUUGCACUGUGCCAGCCUCACCCUGGCCACUGUCUGCCCUAGUGACUUAGAGCCCAGCUCAGGAUAUCUUAGCUCCUUACAUGACCCCAUCAUCUGUCUCCUCGAGGGGAGUGCAGCACAAGGGCAGGGAACUCGGUCAGUCUCUGGAUAUAUCUCCAGUGUCUCAUUUCCCAGGGUCCUGGGAGAGGGACAGCUGUCUUGUGGAUUGUCCUUCUUCAUCUGUGUAUUGAGCACAUACUCUGUGCUGGACGCCCUCUAG